UGUAUAUGUUUUUGAGCGACCAUAUCCAAUUUUCCCCCUUUACCAGCCUGCAGGUGGCCGGGCGGCUCAUCCCAUACUUACCAUCAUAUGUCGCCAACCCAUCAUUUCAAUUUUCGCUUUGCCGCUCUCUCCCCACAAACCCAAAUCCCCUCACGGAAUAGAUGACCUCCAAAGAGACCUAUCGCUGCGAGCUCCGCGCGGCGAUCCGCCAGCUCGGCGAUCGCUGCCUCUACUCCGCCGCGAAAUGGGCAGCGGAACUCGUCGUCGGCAUCGAGCCUGACGCCCCGCCCUCUUCCUCCUCCUCCGCCGCCUCCGCCUCCUCCCGCGCCACCCCGUCCACUUCCAGCGCCUCCCGCCUCCUCCCCCACCACCGCGAUGGAUCCAGCUUCCGCCGGCGGCUCCGUUCCGGCGGCGCCCCGGACGUCACCGCCACACCCGUUGCCGGCGUCUCCUACGUCAGCACCCCAAUUCCGGACGACGAUGGGAUCGAUGGAGGCGGCGCCGGGGACUGCUACCUCCUCGCCAAGUCCUACUUCGACUGCCGCGAGUACCGGCGGGCUGCACACGCCCUCAGAGGUCAGGCGGGGAGGAAGCAUGUCUUCCUCCGCUGCUACGCUCUCUAUAUGGCAGGAGAAAAGCGAAAAGAAGAAGAGAUGAUAGAACUUGAGGGGUCCUUAGGCAAGAGCGAUGCUGUGAACGGCGAAUUGGCUUCUUUAGAGCGAGAGUUAUCCAAACUCCGCAGAACUGGUGCCAUUGAUUCCUUUGGUCUAUACUUGUAUGGCAUCAUACUGAGAGAUAAGGGUUGUGAGAACCUUGCUAUAAAUGUGCUUGUUGAAUCUGUAAACAGCUACCCAUGGAACUGGAGUGCUUGGUCAGAACUUCAGUCUCUAUGCACCACAACUGAAAUUCUAAACAACCUAAAUCUCAAAAAUCACUGGAUGAAAGAUUUCUUUCUUGCUAGUGCAUAUCAAGAACUGAAGAUGCAUGAAGAGGCUUUGAAAAGAUAUGAAUGUUUAAUGGGUAUUUUCCGGUUCAGUGAUUACAUCCAGGCUCAAAUUGCAACAGCUCAUUAUAAUUUGAGGGAGCUCGAUGAGGCUGAAGUGAUCUUUGAAGAGCUUCUGAGGACUGACCCAUAUCGUGUGGAUUCCAUGGACAUUUACUCAAAUUUACUUUAUGCAAAAGAAUGUUUCUCUGCUCUCAGUUUUCUUGCCCACAGGGUAUUUUUGACUGACAAAUAUCGACCCGAGUCAUGUUGCAUUAUUGCAAAUUACUACAGUUUAAAGGGCCAGCAUGAGAAAUCUGUUUUAUACUUUAGAAGGGCACUGAAACUUAACAGAAAAUACCUCUCAGCUUGGACCCUGAUGGGUCAUGAGUAUGUUGAGAUGAAAAAUACCCCAGCUGCAAUUGAUGCCUAUAGGAGGGCUGUUGAUAUAAAUCCUCGGGACUACCGUGCCUGGUACGGUUUGGGGCAGACAUAUGAGAUGAUGGGCAUGCCCUUCUAUGCUCUUUAUUACUUCCGGAAAUCAUCUUACUUGCAGCCUAAUGAUGCCCGGCUUUGGAUUGCUAUGGCUCAGUGCUAUGAAAGUGCACCACUUCAAAUGCUUGAUGAGGCAAUUAAGUGUUACACUAGGGCUGCAAACAGUAAUGACAGGGAAGGGAUAGCACUACAUCAGCUUGCAAAGCUGCACAGUGUUCUUGGGCAUUCUGAACGGGCCGCAUUUUACUACAAGAAAGAUUUGGAGAGGAUGGAAGCUGAAGAGAGGCAGGGGCCAAAUAUGAUCGAAGCUCUACUUUUCCUUGUUAGACACUGCAAAGCCGAGAAAAGAUUUGAGGAAGCAGAGAUCUAUUGCACCAGGCUCUUGGAUUAUACUGGUCCUGAAAGGGAGACAGCAAGAAGUCUUCUGCGAGGCCUGAAAACAGCUGAGUCUGGUUUUCCUUCAAUGGAUAUUGAGCAUUUUGCUUCUUGAAAGUUCCAAUCUAUGGAUUUUUGAGAAAUUUUGACAAUAUAUUAGAAGAAGAGAAUAUCAAUCAGGUAGUUUCAUCAUUACAUGAUAUUCUGUUUUCCACAAUCACUCACUGAAGAAGAAAAGAUAUGACAAGCAAAUUGCAUCAGAAAGCAACACCAGAAGUAGUCAUGCUCAACACUAAUGAAGUUAUUAAAACAAGUUUCUGGAUAUAUUCCCACCUGAUAAGCUUGAGGCGUAGAUAUCUGUACCGUAGGAUUUGUUCUUAAUACUGUGUUGUUAAAGUCAUCAAAUUAAGCCUUGCCAAGCGGCUCCGAAUGGCUGGACUUGUUAUCUGUGGACGUGUUAUGCUUUCAUGAAAUUGCUGAAGCUUUGCAACCAGAAGCACCAAUCGCCUGCAUGGUGCCAGAACGAGCGUGAAGGGAAUGAUGCAGAUGCCCAAUUCCAAUAUCAGCAUCUCAAAGACUCUUGCUGCUGGUUAGAGUGCCUGCGGUCGUAUGUUUCUUUCUAUCACUCCUUAUAUUCAGCUUUGCGGUCCUGUUGUAACGACGAACGAACGUGAUUAUUAAUUUAUCCAGAUCUUUUAUGCCCA